GUGGGUGGUGGCGGCUGGUCCCAAGCUCGGGGCGGGCGCGACGCGCGAGCACCGCACCGAUGCCGAUGCUCCUCCCACCCCCUCCCCUCCCCUCCUCCUCAUCACCCAACUACUACCUCCCAUCCCAUCCGCGCCCUCCUUCGGUCCUCUCCCAUCCGCUCCGCUCGCAGCCCCUCCCCUUGCCCCCCGCGAUGUCGUCGUCGUCACCGCCGCCGCGGCCCGACGACGACGACGGUGCGCAGGAGGUGGGCGCCAGCGAUGGGAGGUCGCUGGGCUACGGCGAGGCGGAGUACUGGGACGCGCGGUACGUGGAGGAGGGCGGCGCGCCGUACGACUGGUAUCAACGCUACGACGCGCUCCGCCCCUUCGUCCGCUGCUUCGCGCCGCCGGCGUCCCGGAUCCUCAUGGUUGGCUGCGGCUCCGCACUCAUGUCGGAGGAUAUGGUCACUGACGGCUAUGUGGAGAUAGUGAACAUUGACAUUUCGUCGGUUGUGAUUGAGAUGAUGAGAAAGAAAUACUUCGAUGUUCCUCAGCUGCAAUACUUGCGCAUGGAUGUUAGAGAUAUGAGUAUGUUUCCGGACGAAUCGUUCGAUUGUGCAAUCGAUAAAGGGACUCUGGACUCAUUGAUGUGUGGUGUGGAUGCUCCCCUCAGUGCAGCUCAGAUGAUUUUGGAAGUGGACAGGCUUCUUAAACCAGGAGGAACCUUUAUUUUGAUAACAUAUGGUGAUCCAUCGGUACGAAUGCCUCAUUUGAAUCAAUCAGCAUGUGACUGGAAAGUUGUACUUUAUAUUCUACCAAGACCUGUGUUCACUGGAAAGAUAACGAGGCGUGUACUGGAUCCUGUUCCACUGACCGAGAGGGGUAGACUCCCUGAUGGAUUUGUCCCAGAGGAUCCUGACUCCCAUUAUGUCUAUGUCUGCAAGAAGAUGCAGGGAUUAACAGGCACAGGUUCCCCAACUGUAAACCACAUAGAGAGGCAAGGGGAAGAAUAAACAAAUAGGCUGAUUUCACCUCCCACAAGAUUAGUGGAUUGUUAUGAUUUAUAUACAAGAUCAGAUACGUUUCCACCAUUGUUGUGGCCAUCCAAAUGUAGAAGCGUGCCAUUGCAUAUCUAACUGAUCUUGUAAAAGUUGCAAGAAUCCGGGAGUCAAUGCUUUGCGCAAGAGCUGUCCUUUUUCUUUCUUUCUUUUCUGUAUCAUCUUGGGAAGCACAACGGAAUUGUUUGGUACAUUCGAGGAAGAGAUUUAUUUUUAUUACGCCCCGUUUGGAUCA